AAUCAGGUAGCAUCGAUGUCGAGGGAAGAGGAAACUAACAACAACGAGCGUGCCCCUGUGGCGCGCCAAGUUGAUUGCCCUGAGAGGCCCGGGCCAGUUAAAACCAGCCGGCUGACGGUUGGGAUUCCCCAUUGAGUUAACCUUGCUUGGUUUCGGGGCUUGUACAUCAGGCUAAGACCCCCAAAAGGUGACACCGCAAUCUCGGGCGAGGACGACAAGCAUGAGAAUGUGGUUGACCACACCAAUUACUAGUAAGUACCCCUAGGUACCAACUUAUCCCAAGCAGACUGGACCCAAUGGUGGACGGAAAUGACAUGACGGACCCCAAGGGAGAAGAAUAAAAAGACACCUGGUUGAUGAACCCCGUCGUUUCGUUUUCCCUCGCUGUCAACAGUUUCUUUCCACAACACACACCAUCAUCACCACCCCUUAACCCGAAAAGACUGCACCAACACCAAAAAUGCAUCUUCGAACCUUCACCACCCUCGCGGCGGUAACCACCACCGUAUCCGCGCUUGCUGCUCCUGCUCCCCUCGUUCACCACGCCAUCGCAGCGGUCGGACCUGAAGUCACCCAGCCCCCUUCUAUUCAGUCUACCCAGAAUCACGGUGCCUUCCGCGCGGAACCGCGCCCCAAAUAUGUCGACGCAAAAAAGCUCAAGAAGCGUGACGACGACCAGGUUCCCUCGGUCGACGACUUCGACGUCGAAUCCGACCAUGAAGACGACGACUUCCCCACCGAACUCUCUCCCACCCUCAAGCCUCUCUACACCUCCUGCGCCUUAGCCUUCAACUCCCUCAUGACCUCCGCCCCCGAGCCGUCUGGCAAGCUCGAAGACUGGUUGGAGACCGCCAUCGUCGGGGACGAAGACAGCUGGACGGCCUCCUCCGCUAAUCAAGGCUACGCGGCCGUCUGCGGAACAUACACCAGCCCCUUAACCCCGCCGGCGAGCUUGGCGUCGACCUACUCGGCCUACAGUUCCGCGAGCGCCAGUUAUCUGUCAGCCCAUCAGUCCGAAGUUACGAGCCUGGCAAACGCGUGCAAGCCGGUUUACGAGGAUGUAUUGUUCAGUCUUAUGAUGCCGCAUAAGGACUAUGAGGAGUGCACGAGUGUCUAUGAUAAUUAUAUGAGCGUCUAUGUGAGCUUGGCGUGCGCGGCGAAUACUCAGGAUUGUUCCUUGACGAGCGCGUACCCGCCAAAGACGACCGGCACGGGGGCGGCGGCGGCGACGACCACAACGACUGCUGCGGGGGCGGGAGUGACUGGUGCCAGUGGGAGUGGCAGCGCUGGUGCCUCGUCGACUACAGUUUCGGGGAACGUGGGCGCUCCCAAGCAAACCUUUGCCGCGGCUGCGGCGUUGGCUGGGCUUGUCGCUGCUGUUGCGGCGCUUUAGGUCUAGGGAGGAGGGAGGGUCUUUGAUGGUCAGUUAGGAAGAGGGAGGACAUAGUUGACAAGCUGCGCGCACCUAUUUGAGAAGAUCUUCCACGUCCUCUCAUAUUAGCGACGGCUAAGGAAAAAAAAAAAGAGUUGGAAAAAAGUAUAGGUGCCUUAUUCUGUAAUGUCUCAAUGAUAGCUAUACUACAUGAUGUUUCACGCCUCA